UAAUUUUAAUGAGAAAUGAAAUUUACCGAGUCCGUGGUCCGGCAUUUAGCCAAUUUCAACUAGUUAAUAAACGCUUGCUUUUAUACGAUACUGCAUAUAUUGAAAGCGCCCAGACAAAAUUAUUUACUUUGUUGUCGUCAUAUUCCGCGAACGAAUGGAAAAAAUGUCGUCUGCUCCAAAACAGCGGAGAUUAACUAAUUUUUUUACGCAAAACACACAAAAUAUUGUUGUCCAUGACCAAAAAGAAGAAUCAGAUAAAAAAAAUGUUGAAAAUGACCCUAAUCCCCCGAAAGAAAAAAAAUCCAUUACAAAAGUAAAAGUUGACCGUGAAUUUCGUAAAGAAUGGCUAACAAAAUAUCCAUGGCUUUUGUAUGAAAGUAACAAAAUGACAUGCAACAUUUGCAUCAGUGAGGGCAAAGACAAUCCCUUUACAAGUGGUUGUACAAAUUUUCGCCAUUCCACACUUGUUAGACAUUUAUCAUCGAAUCAGCACAGAGCCGCUGUGGAGGCCACGUCUUUGCGGAGAAGUAUGAGUAAACAGACUUCUAGCAUCAUUUCUAAGCACUAUGAAGCAGCCACAGGGGUGAUGAGAUCUGUAUACUGGCUUGCAAAAGAACAACUGCCAACAUCUAAACAUAAAUCGCUGUUGCAGUUGCAAAAAUUACAAGGGUGUAAUUUUGUUGAUGAUUUACAGGUUGGUACAGCUACAUACUGCUCAGAUUCUGCUGCUGAAGAAAUGCAAGAUGCAAUGGCCAGUGUUCUCCAAGAUUCUUUAGAUGACAAACUUUCUUCUAGCCCAUUUGUUUCUAAAAUGCUGGAUGAAAGCUGUGAUAUUUCUGUCAAGAAGAAACUACUUCUCUAUGCAAAAUCAGUCAAUGAAAACUUUGACAUUGAAACACAUUUUGUAGACAAUGUACAAAUUCCAGAUGGAACUGCAGAUAUUAUUUUCAAAAAUGUUCAAUCAAUACUGGACAGGCAUAAUGUUAAGUUUAAAAAUGUCUUGGCUGUAGGUUCUGAUGGAGCUUCAGUCAUGACUGGUUCUAAGAAUGGUUUUGUAGCAUUGGUAAAAAGAAAAGUUUCACCAUAUGUCAUAGGAGUUCAUUGCAUGGCACACAGGCUUGCCCUGUGUACCAGCCAAGCAGCUGAUAAGGUAGCAUACCUAAAAGAUUACCAGAAAAUUUUGUCUGAUAUCUUUUAUCAUUUUAAGAGGUCUGCUCUGCGUAGGGAGAAGGUUAAAGAAAUUCAAGUUUUACUUGAAGAGCCCCAGUUACAGUAUAAAGAGCUUCACAGUGUGAGAUGGUUCUCAAUGUAUGCUGCCUUAGAAGCAGUAUAUAGAACAUGGGGUUCUCUUGCAACUUAUUUUGAAUCUGAAAUGGAAUCAAAAAAUGAUAGUGUAGCAAAGGGGUUCUUUAAAAAAAUAACCACCUUUACAUUUAUUGCAUGUACAUACUUACUCAUGGAUAUUAUUCCAAAGGUAACACAACUCAGCAUGUUCCUACAAAAGGAUAAUCUUGACCUUGCCAUGAUAAGACCCACUGUUGAAAGUGUUGUGCAACAACUUACAUGGCUUAAAAUAAAUGAUGGUACACACUUGUCUAAUUUAAUGUCAGUUGCAUCACCUGAGAAACUAACUGAAUUUAAGGGAGUCAGAGUCACUGACACACCAGUUUUUCGACAGCAAUUUAAGAAAAUACGUACACAGUUUUUGAACUGUUUGAUUAUAGAGAUAGAAAGAAGGUUCCCAGCUGAGGCAACUGACAUUAUAUCAAAUAUGGCAGUAUUGUGUCCAAGGGGUCUCUCCUUGCUAUCUUUAGAAGACAGAAAGGAGUAUGGAGCUAGUCAGAUGCAGACCUUGGUGUCCUAUUAUGGUACUUGUAAUUCUGACACAGGGGUAGAACCUUUUAUUGAUGGCACUGAAGCUUUACUAGAGUGGGAAAAGUGUAAGGACCUUAUUGUACAGCAAAGAUAUCCCUGUCACACUCUUCAGUCUAUCUGGAAACUUCUGAGUGUUCAGCAUCCUGGUGCUUUUCCCAAUUUAGUAAAGCUUGCAAUGGUAGCAGUCUUGGCCCCACUGCAGACUGCUACAGUUGAAAGGGGCUUUAGUGUUCAGAAUAAUAUCAAAGGAUCUGGAAGAAACAGGUUGUCUUCAGACAGACUUAAUGUUUUGAUGAGAAUCAGUUUGGGUCCAAAUAUUGAAAACUUUGAGUUUGCUAAGGCAGUGAACAAAUGGAAAGAAUCCAAAGAAAGACGUCUGUUCUCUGGCAAGAAGUAAAGUGCCUUAGAAAAUAAAACUUAUAAAGUGUUACCUGUUGUUUUUUACAUUUUUGUUCAA